AGGUUGUUCUUUUCCUGUUGACGUCAGUGGCUAUCUGAGCGCUGUUCUGGUGCCAGGAACUGGGGAGUAAAGCAGAGAGGGAAGGAGGAAACCCAGAGGGGAUAAGAGAUUGCAACGAAACAACAGGAUUCAUAUUGGAUAGAUAUUUAAUCACUUAGGUAUGGCUACAAAGAGAGCGCAGUGAGAUCGGACAUUUCAGACAUGUUAGUUGACUGAUGAUCACUGAGAUAGCCAACGUUAGCUGGUCCUAGAUUUGUGCAUCGAAGCUUUGGCUGAAGAAGUUUACAGCGGUACGGCUAGCCAUUAACGUUAUCACCGGGGCUGUCUUCUAUCUCUGACACAGCCCUACACAACAAAGACAGAAAACAUGGUGUCCUGGAUCAUUUCGAGAAGCGUUGUGCUGAUGUUUGGGACUCUGUAUCCUGCAUACUACUCUUACAAAGCUGUCAAGACCAAAAAUGUCAAGGAAUAUGUGCGAUGGAUGAUGUACUGGAUUGUGUUUGCCCUCUACACUGUGGUGGAGACCAUCACCGACCUAACACUGGCAUGGUUUCCUCUGUACUACGAGCUGAAGAUAGCCAUUGUGAUCUGGCUGCUGUCCCCCUACACCAGAGGAGCAAGUCUCAUUUACAGGAAGUGUCUGCACCCUUUGUUGUCCUCCAGGGAGAGGGAAAUAGAUGAGUAUAUUGUGCAGGCCAAAGAGAGGAGCUAUGAGACCAUGGUCAACUUUGGUAAGCAGGGACUGAGCAUCGCAGCCUCAGCCGCUGUCACUGCAGCUGUGAAGGGUCAAGGUGCCAUCACAGAGAAGCUGCGUAGCCUGAGUAUGCACGACCUAACACAGAUAAGCCAGCAGGAUGACCGAGGGAACCAGCUCUACCAGUACAGCUCCCACUCAGCCAACCCCGCCAUUAGGAGAUCUCAGAGCACUGAUGCUGCCGACGAAGCUGAGUACUUUUAUGACCAGGAGGAGAGGACAGAUGAGGAGGCCGAGCCGACGUUCUCUGAAGACGAGGCUGUCAGUCAGAAAGGACUGAGACGAUCGCAGAGUGUCAAGAUCUCCCGAUCCAGAGUCCGCAAAGAUGCUCGUUACGGAUCCCUGAAGAUUAAAGGCAAGAAGAGACCAGCGCUGAACUCUGUUAACUAUGGACUGUGAAAAGCUGCUGCUGACACACUCACAAACCAAACGCACAGCAGAGCAGUGUGCUGAUUGGUGGAUGGUAUUGUCAGCCUAUACUCCAGCUCUUCUCAGUCUGACUUUUCACUCUGCUGAACACUUCUGUCUUUGACGAUGAGCUUUCUUCUCACAUAUUUAUUACCUGAUUCAUCCAAACCAGCGCCUCUCAGAGAACUUUGAUGUUUUUAUUUGAGUUGAUGUUUUUUGCAUGGACUUGUGUGUGUUUCAUCUGUUGUUCACUGUAGUUUGUAGGUGUGAUGUUAUAUAUGUGUAGUAUUUUAGAUCCAUCAGUCCACUUGUCUUUUUGUUUGAUUUUCAUGCAAGUUUUGUGGUACCACCUUCUAAUAAGGCAUCCUUUAUAAACUGUUAUUAAUGGCUUAACUAAUAGUUAAAUCACUUACUAAUGCUUUAUAGCACAGUUAUAAGCCAUUAGUAAGAACAACUGUUGUUAAUUCGUCAGGGACACUCUCCCAGUGACUGUUGACCUUAGGCAGAAGGCUGCAUGGGAUCUGGACCAAAAUAGGUUUAAUUGUGUAACAACUUAUCAACCUUAACAACUGUUGACUUGAUAGAUUAUCAGAGAGCGAGACUCAUGCGGCACAACACGCUAUAAAUGCACCUUUUGACUUAAUAUCCCUUUUAUAAAGUUGAAUGUGUUAGCAAACAGUUGCUUGUGUGGCCGUUCAGAACAACUUUAAACAAACCGCUUCUUUUCUAAGAUACCCCGGCCCUUAUACUACAUAUUAGCAUCUUACAGAUACCAUUCAAGAAACAUUUCAGUGGUCAUAUCACUAUUAAAUGAAUUGUAAGUGCCGCUUGGCUGCUGUUCAGCAAAAGUUAGUCUUGCUUUAAAGGUGCACUUUAACAAUGGAUCAAAUGACUGCCUGUAACGUGAAAGGUGUCGCUCAUAGUGACAAACUUGCGGAGAGUUAUCACCAACUCUGCAGUUUCUCUCAGAUCUUCGGAGCGGCUUUUUUGCACCUUUUAGCUCAUUGUAGUUUUAAGGCCCACAACUUUACUGUUUUGGUUCCCUGCUGUCAUAGUGCUGUUUUCAGAGAAAAAGCUCUAAACCCCACUGUACACUGCCUGCUCAGCACCAAACAGUACACAGAGUUAUUUUUUAACAAUUUAUCAAUCCAAAACUUUUUAUAUUAAUGGCUUAUAAGUGACCUAGAAGCCUUUAUUUCCCAUUAAGUAAGCAAUCUGUUUCCGCUUAAAUACCUUUUUAUGAGGAGGGCCUUUUUAAAACAUGGUACCAGUUUUGCUUCUGCUGCCUUUCAGGUAUUUUAUCAAUGAGGAACUGGUUCCUAGUUGAACCUCUGACACUAGUGUUGGAGUCCGUUAACUUCCGUAUGGCUCAAUAUACUAAUGGAGAUUAUUUUAACCCCGAGGGACACGUGCAGGUUCAGACACAUGCAACAUUCCCUGUCACAGUGGUGACGAUAUGUGAGCCCCGAGGAGCAGGUCUAACAUGAACAUUUGAACUGUAGGAGAGAGCGGGGUUGAAUGAACCAGGUGUGGAACUGAGCCUGUCUGAGUGAAACACAUGAACACCAGCAGAUGAUCCCUUAUUCCUGUCAGAGGAGGGGGACAGAGAACACCAAUGAACAGAGAACCAAAUGAAUGAAACAGUGAUUGUUCCCAGUUUCUGUGUGAGAGUUUCUGUUGAGCCCUUAUAAAGGCCCAGAACUCCCACUCACUAUUAAUGAUGAUUUCUUAUUUUCCUGCUUUUUACUUGUUUUUUUAUAUGACUGUGUCCUGAUCGCAGCCCUGGUUGUAAAUUUCUAGCUGUAUUUCUUAGUGAAGAUUAGCUUUUUAAAUGUUAUUUUUGGGGUGUGUGUGUUACCUUCGGAUCAAAAGGAGUCUUUUCUAUUGUAAUCACCUGUUUUUGCACAUGUACCUCCUCCCAAACCUUUUUAUCAAUGCUGUUGUUGCUUGUCAUCUCAUUUUAUAAUGUACUUUGCUGAGGGAGGAUGCAGCACACAGCUAACACUAACGGCCUCUCGUGACAUUUUAAAGUUUGGCUUGUUUUGUCCUCUGGUACUGCAGCCAGUGCUACACUGCUGUGGAACGUUUCUUCUACAGUUGCUGUUAUGGAAAGUUUAGCAGAGAUAGAACAGUUAGAUUAUAUAGUUUCUAUGUCAGUGUGCUUCUGAUUCAGCCCCGUCAGGCUAAAGCCAAAUGACUUUUACUGACGCAGUAACAUUCCUAGAAACUACAAAAUCGAUACUGAGGGUUACAAGUUAAAGGAAGGAAUGGAAGGAUGACCGAAUCAUCCCCCCACAGAUACAGUAUUAUGGACAGAAGAGUCUUAAUCAAUGUCCUCUUAAAGAGACCUCAUGGGCGACGUGGUGGAUUUACCUGAGGUCCAAACAGGCUCAUGGACAGGAAGUCGUACCCUGUUUGGCCUUUGCUGAGGUGCAAUGACAAGCCAAACUUUCUCAUGUCAUGAGGUCCGUUUAAUGCUUAUAACUGACUAAUGAUACCAAAGCUUCAGAUACUCACCCGGAGCUGUGUGGCUAGGGUUUUUGAUCUGUGUGGGCAAAUGUCUGGUGUGUGGAUUGCAGGAUUGUAAAUGCGAUACGAUAAAGGCUGUCCGAUACAGUAAGGGCAACAAAUAAAGUAUGCAUGUGGCCUGUUGCA